AUGGACGAAGGUGCCGAUAGACAUUGGCCAACUGACAACGACAACAAUCUGACUGAGGUCACCAAGUUUUUCCUUUUAGGAUUUCAAGUCAACUAUAGUUUAAGAAUCUUCCUGUUCUGUCUUCUCCUGGGGAUUUAUUGUGGGACAAUAUGUGGGAAUCUCCUGAUCAUCACCCUGGUGUCCACCAGCAAGAACGUCCACACUCCAAUGUACUUCUUCAUCUCACAGUUAUCUGUAGCUGAUGUAUUGUUAACCAACACUAUAGCCCCCAACAUGUUCCACAUUCUCCUGAAUGGUGGGGCCACAAUGACUUUUGCUUCUUGCAUCACACAGUUUUAUUUUUUUGAUGUAGCUGAAGCUUCUGAAUGUCUUCUCCUCGCUGUGAUGUCUUAUGACCGAUAUAUAGCCAUCUGUAAUCCUCUCCGCUAUACCUCCAUAAUGACAUGUGCCAACUGUAUGAAAUCGGCAUUGGUCUCUUGGUUACUUGCCUUCUCCGCAAUAUUGCUUGACACCAUAACAAUAUCUAAGCUCAUAUUUUGUAGAUCAAAUAUCAUUGACCAUUUCUUUUGUGAUUAUCUUCCAUUAAUAAAAAUUGUGUGUUCAGAUACCUUCCUUGUCCAGUUAGAAGUUGUCCUACUAAGCAUACCCGUCAUCUUCAUACCAACAACAAUAAUCAUUUAUUCUUAUGUAAAUAUUGUUCUUGUUAUUUUAAAGAUUUCUCUCAGUAGCGGUAGACAGAAAGCCUUCUCCACCUGUAGCUCCCACCUCAUUGUGGUCUCCAUAUUCUAUGGGACUUUGUUCGGUGUUUAUAUUGUCCCAACAAAAGGCCGAACACAGACCAUGAGUAAAAUCCUCUCCCUGCUAUAUACUGUAUUCACCCCUAUGAUUAACCCCAUAAUAUAUAGUUUCAGAAAUGAAGAUAUUAAGAAAGCUGCAUGUGACUGGAUCAAUAAAUAUAUCGCUUGA